AUGGCUCCCUCGGCAACCGAGACCGUCACGUCGCCCCUGCGCUCGCUCUCGAUCCGCCCCGACAGCGACAAGGCGGCCACUUCCACGUCGGCGUCGUCCAGCACGCGGCGCGAGAAGCCUCGCUGGUUCAGCGAGACGGCCAAGCCCGGCGACGAGUACCCGUACGAGCGCUUCCUCCCGAUCUUCGACCGCGACCUCAAGCUCCCGCCGCUCGAGCCGUUCGAGCAUGUCGACCCGGGCCACGAGGCGCUCAAGGACCCGACCCCGAGGAGCUUCCUCGACGGCGCCGACGUCGACGACCUCACGCCCGAGUUCGGCACCGAGGUCGAGGGCAUCCAGCUGCACCAGCUCGACAGCCGCGGUCGGCAGCAGCUCGCGCUCUACGUCGCCGAGCGCGGCGUCGUCGUCUUCCGCGACCAGGACUUCCACGACCAAGAGCCCGAGUGGCUCCUCGACGACUGGACGCGCUUUUUCGGCCGCCCGCACAUCCAUCCUUGCUCCGGCUCGCCCAAGGGGUUCCCCGAGUUCCACCUCGUCUAUCGCGACGGCAAGGCGGUCUACAACUACGAGGUCGACACCCGCUUGACGUCGAGCGUGUGGCACAGCGACGUCACCUACGAGGAGCAACCUCCUGGCCUCACAGCCCUCUUUCUCUUCGACAGCCCCAAGUCCGGCGGCGACACCGGCUACGCCGACCAACGUGCGGCGUACAAGCAUCUCUCGCCAAGCCUGCGCGCCUACCUCGAGACGCUCUCGGUCGUCCACUCGGGCGUCGAGCAGGCCGAGUUCUCGCGCAAGGGCAGCCGCGGCGGCGUCGUCAAGCGCGAGCCUGUCGAGAACGUGCACCCUCUCGUUCGUCGCCACCCGGUGACGGGCGAGAAGGCCAUCUUCGUCAACCCGCAGUUCUCGAGGCGCAUCGUCGGCCUCAAGCAGGAGGAGUCGGACGCGCUCCUCAACCUCCUCUACACCCACAUCAAGAGCGGCGUCGACUUCCAGGUCCGCCUUCGUCACAAGCCUCGCAGCGUCAUCCUGUGGGACAAUCGGAUCACGGCGCACACUGCCAUCGUCGACUUUGCGGCAGGAGGCGGACGUCGUCAUGGCGCUCGACUCACGCCGCAGGCCGAGCGACCUUUCCUCUAA